CUGUUUUCUCUCUUUCAAUAGUUGUUUCUUGUGUGUUCUUCUAUGUUGAGAGAAAAUUUCUUAUAUUGUAAGGAGCUUGACAUCGCUAUUUUGUAUGGUCAUGUAUUGUGAACUUAUCAAUCAGUACACUGGAGUAAAACUAAGUUCUUGUUUUAAGCCUUUGGUUAUUUGUUUAAAUUUGUCAAUCUUGUAGAGAAGUGUGCUUAUUCUAUUCAAACUCCUUGCAGCCAUAAGAAGCACCAUAUUUGCUCAAUCAGUUCCCUUCUGUGUUACUUUCUUCUGCUCUCUCCAGCCUUUUCAAAACGAAGCUCCUUCCAUCACUCUCAGGUUUUUCUGUCAAGUAUUGUUGCUGCUUCUGCAAAACUCAUCCAAAUAUUGCUGGUAACAAGUCCUCCAUGAACCUAUUGAGUAGACUCGUCGGGUUGGGUAGCCCAAGGGCAGCAGAAAACAUUAAUUCAGCAGCUGCCCAAGGACCGGAUGAUGACAUACCCGAACCAGGUCAACAGUUUGCCCAGUUUGGUGCUGGUUGCUUUUGGGGUGUUGAGCUGGCCUUCCAGAGAGCAGUGGGGGUGACCAAGACAGAAGUUGGUUAUAGCCAAGGGCUGCUGCAUAAUCCAAGCUAUGAGGAUGUGUGUACAGGGACCACACACCACUCAGAGGUUGUCAGGGUCCAAUAUGAUCCCAAUCAAUGUAGCUAUGAGAGUUUGCUUGGUUUGUUCUGGGCUAGACAUGAUCCUACUGCACUGAAUCGGCAGGGUAAUGAUGUGGGAACACAAUACAGGUCUGGAAUAUACUUUUACACACCUGAACAAGAGAAGGCAGCCACAGAGUCCUUGGAACAGCAACAGCAGAAGCUGAAAAGGAAGAUUGUUACUGAGAUUCUUCCUGCCAAGAAGUUCUACAGGGCAGAAGAAUACCAUCAACAGUACCUCGAGAAAGGAGGCAGAUUUGGUUCCAAGCAAUCUGCUUCAAAGGGUUGCAACGAUCCAAUCCGAUGCUAUGGUUAGGUUAUUCAUAUGGGAAUUGCAUCGAAGGUUCUAAAUGACAUUUAGAUGAUUAAAGCAUGCUUUUGUUGGAAAGUAUUUUAUCUAUAAAGCUAAGUCACACUCUAUCUCUCUUCUGUAUUGUAUUUAUAGGGUGAAGAUCACUAUAGAACUAGAAUCACUUUUUAGAGUUAUGUAGUAGUUUAUAUGUAUAGUUUUCUAAUAAACUGGUCUUAUAGUGUAUGCCUUUAAUUAGUGUCACUUCUUGAUUUAAAAUGUCAUUUUGUUUUGGGGUUUUCACCCUAGAUUUAUGUGGAUAAUUACUCAAAACAAUGUUAUAUGAACUGGAGGAGUAAUGAACUUGUCAUGGUGUGCUAUAUUGAAUUCAAGAUUUAUGUGAAAAGGAUUUAAGAGGGGUUAGUUAUA